UUCCAAUGUAAUGAUUUGAAAUAAAGCGCGCUUGUCGAUCCGUCGAUAUUUUCUCGAUCAUAGAGUAAGUAUGAUGGGCGAGGAGCGGAUCGCUUGGUAUUACAUGAGGUUCUCAAUUCUCGAGUUCUCAACCGCGAGCUGCGCUUUAUGAUCGAUUUGUCAAGAGCCGAAGCCAGUCUGUGCUGUUAAAGCCGAAUGCAGGAUCGAUCGGCUUUACCCAAGGAAGUGUUAGGAGAAUUGAAGAGUAAAGAUUUCAAAUUACUCGAAUAUGUGGGAUUUAUUAUUCGGUUUGAUCGUAGCAGGGGUUCAGCAACUUAGACAUGAGUACGGAACGCAGUAUAUUACGAAGAAAGAACUUUGAACGGUCUUAUGCUUUUAUCUUCAUUCUUCGUUCUACAACGCUUCAACGAAGAGACCGAUCGAGAAUUUUGUUGCUUGCACCGUUAAGCAACGCCAAAAUAAGAAGAUAACUUUGGAAAGCAGAAUUUAGUGAAAAAAAUGAUGGCAUCGCAAAAUCAAAAUAUCAUUAACGUGGCUUCGCCAAGCCCGCCGCCGGUAGACGGUCAGUCAGGAGCUGUUGUAUCAAGUACUACAGUAUCUACCAUGAAGACACAAUCCGUUUCUUCCUCGUUGUCGACACAUACUAAUCAACAACAGCAGCUUCAACAGCCCAAUAACAUAGAACCACUUGACAAAAGUUCCUCUAACACUUUAAAGCGCAAUCCAAAGAUGGAGUUGAAUAAAACGGAUUUAUUAAAAUUAUUAGGAUAUCUAGAAGGAGAACUUCAAGCUAGAGACAUUGUGAUAGCAGCUUUAAAAUCAGAGAAGAUGAAACAUCUUCUUAGUUCACGGUACCUUAGUAAUACAGCAGAUCCACGCGCAGCACUUGCUCGCGAUGUUGCAAUUGUGGGCGGUGUUAUCGGAGCAGAAGGAAAUCAAAUUGAUCAACAAGUUGCCAGUUUGGAGGCUCUUGUAAUGCAACAGAGAAGAACUCAAUGCAGAAUGAAUAAAGUUCUUAAGGAUGCCGAACUAAGGCAUAGAGCUGUGAUAAAAGAACUAGAAGAAGAAAAGCGUAAACAUGAGCAUGAUACUGCUCAGGGUGAUGACAUUACUUAUGGACUUGAAAUAGAAAGAACUAGAUUAAAAAAAGAAUUAGAAUUAGAAAAACAAGAAAAGAAAAGAAUAGAACUUGAAUUAAAAAAAAUGACCGACACGCUAGAAGAAGAGAAAGUCCGCCAGAAACAAAUAAUACUCUUACUUUUGGCUGAACGUAAAAAAAUUAUAAUGAAAUAUAUCGAAGAGAGAAAAAGAUCUGAAGAUUUGGCGCAGAUAUUGAGCGAAGAAAAAGUAAGAAUAGAUUCCAUGGCUGAGGGUCUUGAAGAAGAAAGUAAGAAAUCUUUACAAAUGGAAGCAGAAUUAGAAAAACAAUUAGCGCAGUUUGAUAUAGAGAGACAACAAUAUAGACAAGCUCUUAUUAAAGAGGAAAAGAGAGCAAAAGAUCUUGAAUUAGAAUUAGAAAAAUUAAAAAAUGAAGUAGAAGCAUGGAAAGAAUCACAAGCGCGAGGCCUGCCAAGGGGCAUUGGGGUAACUCCACCACCGCCUCCUGCAAAACCAGCAAAUUUAAUUGCUAUGCCGACAUUGAGGCCAGCUAAUACAUCACAGACAAUUAAAACUUCAGUACUGGGAACUGGAACACCUAUGGUCAGUAGUAAAGUCGUCCAACCUACUGCAACUGUAUCUAGUGUUCCUGUCAGUGGACCAACAACAGGAAUAGCCAGAUCGGUGACACCUGGGCAAGCAUUACGUGGAGUCACGUAUGUGCCUAAUAUACCACCAACGAGUGGUGAAACUGCAGUCCCUUCGGAAACACAGAAAAGUAAAAACAAUCUGCAUGAUGCACAAACGUCUAAUGCUAUGGACAAACGACCAGUUGUAGCUGUUCCUCCCAAUACCGGUGGGAUAGCUAAAUUAGUACCAUCAACGCAAACUGCAGGGAAGCAUGGUUUUCACGUUGGUUCUACGCAGGCUGUUCAAACACCUGGCACACUAUCAUCAAAAAAACCACCUCUUUCUCGUGGCGUUCCUCCUCCAGUACCACCUAAUAAACCAGUGGUACCACCUAAAAAAGAGGCAGCUUAUCUUAGGAGACCGGAAUUAUCUCAGUCAGCCCAGGAUACAGUUAAAUUUGGUAAACAGUCUUCAUCUCAUCCUACAAGCGGAACUGUUCCUUUACAAGCGCAGCAAGCGAUAGCUGCUUCUACUCAAGCUCCUGACGAAGAGACAAAGCCACGUUGAUUUAUCAGCAAAUAAAACCACAAUCAUGUAUAGAAAUUUUACAAAGUCAAAAACUAUGUAUCGUGAGCAAUGCUUGGAAACUAUAUUGGGAAUAUAUACAUUGGUAUCAUUUUACAUUUAUAAGAUUGACGAAGAAUUCGGAUUCAUGAAGAUUUAUAUACUAGCUAAUUUCACUUUAUGUAAAUAUAUAUACCAUAGUAGUACUGCACUUACAAUUGUAUACUUGCAGAGUAUUUAAGUGGAAAUUAAAUGUAUGAAGAAAUACAUUAGGUCAACUUCAUAGAUACUUUAGAGAUUAGGAACAUAUAUAUUAUGUUAGAUAAAUUAAUGCAGAAUAAAGAUCACGUAACUUUCGUCAAAUUUUAUGUAUAAAGUUUUAGAUUAGAUUGAGAAAAACAAUUUCUUUAAUAAUAAAUCGUAUUACUGCAAAAUCUGUAUACGAAACAUUCGUGAAAGUUACAUGAUUAACAUUCUGUUUUAUUAUACUGAUAAUAAAAACGGAAAUAAGUACGAAUGUAUAGUACAAUCAUUAUAAAUAAUUCAAACAUUCUGAAAGAGACAAUAUUAUGCAACAUUUUAUUUUUUAAUCGAAUUAUUUUUAAACUCAUCAAUUUUGCUAAACUUAAUCGCAUAAGUAUUCUUUGCUCAAAAGAAUAUGUAUCUUGAAAUGUGCAAUAUAGUAAAACUUUUAUUGUACUAAUACUGUACUCAUUUUAAAAAUGUAGCAUAGUAAUCUUAUCUAAAAUCUUGUGUUUUUAAAAAUCGCUGGACAUUGAUGCAAAAGAAAAUUAAAGUGCAUAAAGCAUUGAUAAAUUAAAUAAUUUUUAGUUAAGUAAAUACAAAUACGUAUGUGCUAUAAUCACUGCCUUGCCUCGUUUUAUUGCAUACAUUAAUAAUAUAUAUGUUGACAACGGUAUCAAACAAGACCGUAUAAACUUACAAAAAAAGCAUUACAAAUUUAAUCAUUACACAGUACUAUCAUUGUUCAUUUCUCGAUACAUUGAAAUUUUACUAUACGUAUAUUUUUAAGCAAAAUAAAGUGGAAUAAAAUGAAAUGACACAAUAAGCCUGUUAAGAGUACAAUUAAAAAGCUUCAUUGACAAUACAUAUAAUAUGU